CGGAAGUGUGCUAUCUGGUAGACUAUUUUAAAAAUUUCAAAUAAUUUUUGUUUAUUUUAGGUUUUUGUUUCUCCACUUGAGACUGAGAUUGAUACUUUUAUUUAGUAAUCGAUGCAGUGCACACAGCAGUCCUUUGAAUCAUGUCUGAACGUAGGCCAUUCAAAGUCUGGAAUGCUGAACGGACAAUAAAGAAAUCUGUAACUGCAACUAACCUAGACAACUUAAAACAAAAAGCCUGUGAUAAACUAGACAUUGAUGGAAACGUAAGGGUUGUAUUGGAGGCUGAUGGUACAGAAGUUGAUGAUGAUGAUUAUUUUAGCUUUGUUGAAGCAAAUUCAACACUUAUGCUCUUGAAGGAUGGAGAGAGUUGGAAACCUGAAGGUAUGGAGGCUCGGGGCCAAGAUGUUACUGACUUCAUGGUAACAGAUGGUGUUGAAUCUGAUGGUGUAGGGACAGGGGCACUGCUGAAAGUACAGAGUCUAGCUGAUACUUUAAGAUCAGAUAUCUCAAGGAUUAUCACAUUCUCCAGUGAAGAGAUGCAGGCUAUAAUAGACACUCCUAGACAACACUUGGCAGGGUUAUUGAAUGACCCUAAUAUGGCCAAAGCAGUACAGGAGACCUGCCAGGAACAUCUUGACAACAGGGAGCAGACCAAGGAAGCCAUGGAUCUUCUACAACUCUAUCAUAAAGCCAAACAACAUAAACUGCAGCAUAAUAAUGACAAUUCAGCAGCUAAAAAGCCUAAAUUAGACACUUCAUAGACCUUUUGUUGAAUGAUCUUGUCAGUAAAAUCAAUUUGCAUAAGGGAUUUUGUCUUUUAAUACAGUUUAUGAAACAAUCUAAUAGGCUAAACUCAAUCCCUUCCGUUAAUUACCUCAUGUAUAUACGAGGGUGGUUUAUCAAAUUCAUAUUCUGUCAUUUUGACUCAUUGUAGAGUACCUUUAUCAGUUGAUCAGCUGGUUAUAGUGCUAGAAUACUCGAAGUGAAAUAUGUACAUACAUAAUUUAAUCAUAAUUAUAGGAAUAUAUUUUUAAUAAGCAUUUUUGCUUUAUUUAGACAUUUGAUAAAAAUUAUGAAUAUUGGAUAUCAAGUUAAAGUUUGAGUAGAUGUUUCACUUUUACUGUAGAUUGUAGCUUUUGUGUGUUGUUUUCUGUGACUAUUUGAAAGUAUGUUAAUUAGUGUGUAGAGGCAUCAUGUAGCAACAUCAAACUGUCUUUUUAUUAUAGACUGAAGUAUAAAUGGGGAUGUGUUAGUUUUGGUAUCAUCAAACCUCACAAAUCAUCAGUUAAGAAAUAAAUUUUACAGUUAAAAGAAUGCAACCAUACGAAAACUUCUGAACAUUUGGAAACCAAGUAAGUUUAUAAUGUAUAAUUUUCAGUGCCUGGAUAUUGUCAGUUGAGCUUUUUUGUGGUGCUUUGAAUUAUCAGCAUGCAAAUACCACUGGGCCUGGCACAUAAGAAUUAGACUGGCACAUAAGAAUUAGACUGAGUUUUGUUCAAAAAACAUUCACUAG